GUGUGACUCCAACAAAGCAUUUUCAUUUUUCUCAUUGGACCAUCAUGACUGGUAGAGGUAGACCACGCAAGGCAAAGAGCCCUGACAAUAAGUGUGCCAAGGGUAAACCUACACCUGAGAAAACAAAACAAACAUCUCUGCCUGGAUGUCCAGGAAAAGGCUUUACAGAGGAAAGACAAAAUGGCACCAUAAAGGAACAGAAACCAAGAGAGCAAAAAAAGUCAAACCACACUGAGGAUAAGCCAUCUGUACAUAAAACACCGAAAGAAAAGACUAAAAAACAAUUAACAGAGGAGCAAAGGACACCUACAGCGGCUCUACUUGAUGCAAAAGCCAAAACCUGUGCUGGCAGGGCUAAAACAACAAAACAAUCUGCAGAGAAGACACAGACAGCGACACCAAAGGACACCACAAAGCCCACCAAAGCUAAAACAUGUGGGAAAAAGACCAAAUCACAAGACGGAUUGUCAGAGAAGAUGACAAAUAUGAAGCCAGAGACACCAAAGGAGACUCUAAAGACCACCGAAGCAAAAAUGCUUGGUGGCAAGGCAAAAGCACCAGCAGAAUUUACAGAGGAGACAACAAAGAUGCAGCCAAAGGCACCAAAGGACACCGCAAAAGCUUGUGUACGAGACAAGUGUGAAGACAAAGCUGCAGUGGACUCUGUGCUCCAUAUUACUCUGGAAAAAUUAAAGAUUAGGAAGAAUGACAGAUCAGAUGCGGCAGAAGUCAUCAAUAAAGUAAUAGAAAAUAUCACAAGGCAUUUGAAACAGAACACUCAAUGCUUUAAAGAAGUAGAAGACCCACUACGUACCGGAAGUUACUAUGAAAAUCUAAAGAUUUCGAAUCCUGAUGAAUUUGAUGUCAUGCUGCCCAUUCCUGUUGACCGAGUGGACAUCAAACCAUUUGGAGCUGAUGGGGCCUUUUACAGUGUGGCAUUAAAACGUGGCAAAAGUCCCCUGGAAAAAUUUCAAGAGACAAGCACUUUAUCUGCCAGUGAAAUGCUCGAGGAGUUCAGGAAAGAAGUGAAGACAAGUGUCAAGCAAUUCACAGAAUGGGAGGUGACAAAAAAGAAAAAAGGCUGCCCUGCAGUGACUCUGAUCACAACAGUAAAAUCAAUCACCAUUUCACUGGAUGUUGUUCUCUGUAUCAUGGUUAAAUCCAGCUGGCCACCUUUCACCAAAGAAGGCCUUAAGAUAGAGGGCUGGCUGGGAACCAAAGUAAAGCAGGAUUACAAGCGAAAGGCAUAUUAUCUUGUCCCCAAAUAUUAUGGCAGCGGUAAAGCGGAACAAGAUGGGAUCCUUGCUAAGGAUAUUUGGCGGGUUUCAUUCUCCCACAUUGAGAAAGCUAUAAUGAAGAACCACGGAUCGGAGAAGACAUGCUGUGAAAAAGGCGGAACUUCCUGCUGCAGAAAGAACUGUCUGAAGCUCCUAAAGCACCUUCUCAGUCUGCUGAAAGAAGAGGAGUCUUCAUUUGACAAGUUCUACUCCUACCAUGCCAAGACCACACUCUUACAUGCCUGCUGCUCCAGAACUAAAGACACUGAGUGGAAAGCCUCAAGUCUGAGCCACUGUUUUCAGCUGCUCCUGCAGGACUUUGUAGGACAUUUGGAAGAUGGUGUACUCAACAACUUCUUCAUUCCAACUCAGAACCUGCUCUCCGAUCCUGGCCAGAAGAGGUGCAGUAGUCUGGCUCAACGUAUCAAAGAGGAAUGUGACAAGGGCUUUCCUAUUUUCAAGUGACGAACCAUAGCGUGAAACAUCCUUGAGAAACUGGGCCACUGAACCCAAAGAAAACAUGGCAUCAAUAUAACAAUUUUAUUCUUGUGUUUAUCCAGUUCAUUCUUAUCUAAACCUAUUUUAAAAUAUUUAUUACUGAAUUUGACUUUUAUAUGUAUAUACUUUGUAACAUCAUUGUGCUAAAUAAAAUUAUAAUAUACCACAGGAAA